AUGGGUCUCCUCCGUUCUUUUCAGGAAAUCCCCUAUAUUCAGGGGCUUUUAACGUCACCAGUAAUUUCAAUUCUCUCUUUCUUUGUUCUUUCUUGCGUCCUUACUCGCGUUAUCACCGAAGUUCGAAGCCGCGUCGCCAUAAACCAAGUAGAUGCUGCAUCGAAGACUCCGAAUCGCAUCCCAUAUUGGGUUCCAUUUGUAGGGUCCGCUGUCUCUUUUGCGAGGGAUAUUGAGGGGACUCUUUCCCGUGACCGUGACACCAGUGGAGAUGGAAUCAUCUCUUACCGCAUCGGCCUUUCCAAAUACUAUGUCAUCAACAUGCCCUCCCUCGUCCAGCAAAUUUUUGCGCAAAAAUCGGCCACCCUAAACAAGCAGAAGAUCCUAGAAUGGUUCAUGAAUGCAGCUUUUGCCGACAAGCACGCCACUCGCGAUGAGCAUCAUGCAUUCCAUGCCAACCACCAGGGCCUGAAUCUCAUGCUGAAGGAGGACUUCAUCAACGAGGCAACAAGCAAGACUGCGAAGGCUCAGGAGAUUAACGCCGCCUGUCUCGUCACCUCCGCGCCGUGGUCCACUCCUGACGCCGAGGGCAAGCCUCUUAAGCAAUGGGAAGAAGCUGCCAAAGUAAACUUCAACAGUGAUGGUACCUUCGACGCAAACUUCUACGGACUGGUUGUCAACUAUAUGGGUCAGGUUGUCAUCGACAUGCUCUGGGGCAAGGGCUUGAUCAAGAACAAUCCUAAUCUCCAAUAUGAUCUUUGGGACUUUGAUGAGGGUGUCCACCACCUUGUUGCCCCGCUUGUCCAAAAUUUCACUGCUGCUGGUCGCAAGGCCGUCGGCUGCCGCAACCGUCUCACCGUCGCUAUGGAAGAAUGGCACAAUGCUGUGGCAGCCAUGCAGCGUGGAGAAGACCCUGGACCAAGAUACAAUGGCCAGCUCGACGAUAUUUCGGAUAUCAUGCAACAGCGUGUGAAAGUUUGGGUUGACAACAACGCUUCUCCUACCUUGCAAAAGACCAACGAUGUUUCGGUUAUCUGGGGUGUGAACGUAAACUCAAACAAGAACGUCUUCUGGAUGCUCCUGCACAUCUACAGCAACUCUGCCAUCCUCUCCGACAUCCGCGAAGAAAUCGCGCCGUACGUCAAGGUCUCUCCGUCCGGAGAGCGCGGGCCACAAGGCUUCCCUAAGCUUGAAAUCGACGUCGAUGGUCUAACGAAGAACUGCCCACUUAUCAAGUCAGCAUUCUACGAGACCAUGCGUAUGAACAUGUCUGGACUUGGUGUCCGCCAAGUUAUCAAGCCCGUCACCUUGAAAGAAUCCGCCGCGGACGCUGCCAUGUUCGGCAAGAAGCGUCCACAAUCAUACACCAUACCUGCUGGUACAACUCUCGUGCUCUCCAACGGCACCAUGCAAAUGGACCAACGCAUUUUUGCGGAGCCAGAGAAGUUCAUCCCAGAACGCUUCAUUGAGGAGGGCCCGAACGGAAACCCUCGUGUGACUAUGAAGAACUUGCACACCUUUGGCGGCGGCCUAUACAAGUGCAAGGGUCGAUACUUUGCGGAGAAGGAAGUAUUGAUUUUCGCGGCUAGUUUAUUGGUUAUGUGGGAUUUGGGACCCACAGUGGGAGAGGAAAUUGUGAUUCCAAAGAUGGGGCUGGCUGGAGCGAGUAGAGGUCCAGUUGAGGACAUUCGCGUGAGGCUGACUAGGAGGUAUAAUUAG